AGGAAGCCAGCUUGUAGAUGUAGGUCAGACUUAUACAGGAUACUGAUGAUUUCAACAGGGACUUAUCCCAGUCACAAGGGAUUCUAGUAUGCAUUACUCUGGAAAAUACACAAUCAGAGGUUUCAAACCACAAAAUAACUACUUCUGAUGGAAUCAGGACAAGAUGGAAACAAAUUCUAACCCGCCCCAAGAUGGUGCCAUGUCCAGGAACUUUACAGGCGCUUCAACUGAUGUACAGUCCAACGUGAACAAUGGGAGACCACACGCAGCUUCGCCAACAGCUCUUCUAACUGCAUGCUAUGACUUCUCCAACUCCCGUAACGUCUCACUCUCCUUUGGGGACGUUGAGUGUAAAGGUUGUGUCUCGCAAGAGAAUUUCCGGAGUCGCGUGGAGGCACUGAAAGAAGUAUUUGUAGGCGUCCAUACACUCGGGGCAACAACACAUCUCCUUGAGAAGCAUGGCCACGUGAACAUCUGUGGAGCCCCUGGAGACGGGAAAACUAGUAUUGCAAUGAUGGUGUGUGAUGAAUAUCGUAAUCAAAACUAUGAAACAUUAUUUGUAGAAAACAUUGAACAAUUUGAAGUUGAUACCAUCACGAAACGACGAUCUAACAUGUUAAUCGUAUUUGAUGACAUAUUCGGCUGUGUCACUUUUCCAUUAAACCUGGAGAAAAUAAAUAGUGUGUUGAGGGUCCUCGCUGAUAGUUUGACUGGACCUGACGGGAAACAAGGCGAGAAGGGGAAGAAGAAGAUGAAGAAGAAAGACCUAGAGGGAGGCACAGAAUCAAUGGAUACGAGUUCAAGCCAGUCAUUCAAACUUCGUUUCAUUUUCACAUCGAGAACAUACAACUGGAAUGAGGGGUGUUCAAGGUUGCAUCAAUACAAGAUAAACCUCUUCAAAACAGAGACUGUUAUGGACAUGACUAAAGAUUUUCUGACCCCUGAUGAAAAGAGAUUACUCUUAUCAUCAUUUAAGGCGAAAGCUCAAAUGUGUGAUAUGUCAGAUGAGGAUAUCAAAACCAUCAUUCAUUCACAAUACAGUCAAUUUGGGUUUCCUCUUAUGUGCAGUCUGUUCUUCCCAAAUCCUGUAUUUCAGAUGCACAAUGUGGACUUCUUCCAGAACCCUGUGACCUACUUGAGAGGUGACCUUGACGCCAUCAUCCGAGAAAGCAGCACCAGAUCAGCAGCCCUCAUUCUCCUCAUCCUGUGUGAGGGGAAGCUCAAUCUUGUCACAUUUCAGACAGGAACAGGAGGAAAUAGUACAGACCUAUUCCUAGUUGUGAAAGACAUAGUACCCUCCUGUACUCGAACAAACAUUUGUAAAGAGAUUGUUAACUUUGCUGGAACAUACUGUACAGUGGAGGACCACAUCGCUUCCUUCUCUCACCCGUCGGUAUAUGAUGCUGCAGCCUGUGCUCUAAGUCACCUGAAUCUUGUGCUGUUGCUGCAGUACUGCUCUCUGAAGUUCUUGCAUCAGCGGGUCAGACUGAAGAAGAAGCUUCAGACAUCAACUACCGAUGAUGUCACAAAUAUGAUUUACAUCAGCCCUGCUCUACACCAACUUGUUGUGGACAGACUUUCAGAAGGCAUCCGACAGAGAUGUUUCCAAUGGACAGUCACACAUCCUGUACUCAGUGACGACACCAUUGCCUCCUUACUUGUGACCCACUUAGGUGAUGAGUUGACAACGAUAGCACAACAGAGAGACAAAACGUUUGGGAAAUGCUUCUUGUACUGGACAUCAUUGACGCAUAAUGAGGUACUGUUUGAUAGCACUUUGAAAAUCAUGUGCAGAAAGAAAACGAUCUUCUUAAAUCGAAUAAAGAAUUUAUUUAGAAAAGAUUCAAUAAAACGUGAACAAGAUCUGUAUUUCUGUGCAAUAACGUGCAUAGAAUGUGGAGAACACAACAAACUACAACACAUUACGUCUUUGCUAAAGAGAGAAGGGAAAUUUGAUGUCAACUUUAAAUCAACCAAAAACAAAACACUUCUCUUAAAUGCUGCUGAGACAGGACAUCUCGAUGUUUUUAAAUUCCUGCUUCAAGAACAGGCUGAUAUUUCACUGACUGAUUGUGAUGGCAUGACUUGUCUUCAUUACGCCUGUAAAUCAGGGAGCAAGGAUAUAACUGAAGUUAUCCUGGGGGUAUCUCCUGAUAUGAUCAAUGCCACUGACUGGAUGGGAAAUACAGCAGCAGGACUAAGUGCAGAGUCUGGUCAUGAUGGAAUCUUGAAGCUGCUGGCGUCAAGAGGCGCAGACAUGACUCUCAGUAAUAGAAGUGGUUGGUGCAGUCUCCUCCUGGCUAGUCGUCAUGGCCAUGUGUCUGCCGUGAAAUAUUUGUUAUCUCUGGACGUGUAUGAUAUCAACAGAAGAGGUGGAUCUUAUAAUCAAUCACCAGUUAUGGUUGCAGCUAAACAUGGACAAUUUGAUGUAUAUAAUCUUUAUGUAUCUAAGGGAGUUGAUCUCUCGCUCAUUGAUAAUGACAAAGCAGACUGUCUGAUGUUGGCAUGUGAAGGAGGUAAUCAAGCCAUUGUGAAACACCUCCUAUCACUAAAACAGUUUGACAUCAACAAGAGAGGGGGUCAUAGCCAAACACCAGUUAUGAUUGCAGCCGAAAAAGGAAAUUACGAUGUUUUUAAACUUCUUGUGUCAGAAGGUGCUGAUCUGUCAUAUUUACUCAGAUACAACCUAGACUGUCUGAUGCUGGCGUGCAUUGGAGGUAAUCUACAAAUACUGAAACACCUUUUAUCAAUGGAAACAUUUGACAUCAACAGAAGAGGGGGAUGGCAUAGCCAAACAUCCGUUAUGAUGGCAGCUGAAAGUGGACACUAUGAUGUCUAUGCACUCCUUGUAUCUGAAGGUGCUGAUGUCUCACCCACUACUGGUGACCGGGGAGACUGUCUGAUGCUGGCAUGUUAUGGGGGUAAUGUGUCCAUAGUGAAACAUAUCCUUUCGCUGAACACAUUUAACAUCAACAGAAGAUCAGGGUGGAGUAAUGAAACUCCACUUAUGGUUGCAGUCAUGGAAGGUCACUUCAGUAUUUAUACCCUUCUUGUGUCAGAGGGAGCUGAUCUGACAGUUACAGAUGACUUCAGGACAAACAUGUUAAUGUUAGCAUGUGAGGGAGGUAACCUGUCCAUUGUGAAGCAUUUGCUUGCUAUGAAAAUCUUUGACAUCAACAGCAGUGGAGGGCAAGAUAACAAAAGUGCAGUAAUGUUUGCAGUUGAAAGUGGACACUAUGAAGUUUUUGACGUCCUUGUAUCAGAGGGAGCUGAACUCUCAGGUACUCAACAAUACAACAAAGACUGUUUGAAGUUGGCAUGUGCUGGUGGCAGUGUAAAUAUAGUUAAAUAUCUUCUGUCCACCAAGUCAUUUGACGUCAACAAAAAAGGUGGAUGGAACAGCUCAACCCCAGUGAUGAUGGCAGCUAGGCGAGGGUACUAUGAUGUUUAUCAUCUCCUUGUGUCAGAAGGUGCUGACCUCUCCCUUGCUAACAUUGACAAUCAAGAUAUCCUCAUGGCCGCAUGUAAAGGUGGCAACCUAUCUAUCAUUAAACAUCUCCUUUCACUGAAAGGAGUAGAUGUAAACAAACAGGGAGGACACAAACUUCAAACACCCGUCAUGUUGGCUGCUGAAAAUGGAAAUGCUUCUGUUUUUGAUCUUCUGGUGUCAGAAGGAGCUGAUCUCACACUUUCUGAUGUGGACAACAGAAACUGUUUGAUUCUGGCAUGCCUUGGAGGAAACAUUUCCAUUGUGAAACAUCUUCUCUCGUUGAACAUUUUUGAUAUCAACAGAAGAGGAGGGACGUACAAUCAAACCCCACUUAUGGUGGCAAGUGAAAAGCUACAUCAUCAUGUUUAUGAUGUUCUUGUGUCGGAGGGAGCGGACCUGUCGUGUUUAUCUGGGUACCUUGAGCAUCACUGACUGAGUUAUGGACAUACAACUUGGAAACUUUUCUUGAUUUCAUCCUGUAAGCUAUAUCAUAAAUCUUUUUAACUGAAGCUGAGAGAGAAAAAGAACAAAAAUGGCUUGGCAAAUAUUUAUUACUGGUGAAUAUUUGACGGUAACGAUACCCAUAUACAUAUAUCUAGUCACGUUUCUGCGACAUAAUUUGACAAUCGAUUGAUCAUGAUGAAGGUUGAAUAUAUGUCUUUUUGUGUAGCCUUGAAAUUUAGAAACAUUUCAGUGAUGUACACACUUCUACGAAAUAGAUUAUAUAUUGUUAAACAAAUCAUGUUGUUGAGACUAGUGCAGCACAGCAUGAGGAAAUUCAUUGUUACCCAUUGGAAUGACUGGUGCAACAUAUCAUAUGUCGACUGAUUCUUAUUAACAGGGCAGACAUUGUGACGUCCUGAUUUACAGCUAUUAUUGAUAGACCUCUGUUCAUCGUCCCAAGGCAAGAGAGUUAACUGACUUUAUAAGUCCAGUUUCCACCCUUGCCGAACUAGGCUGGAAUUCCUGGGCUCGAUCGUAGUGCCACCAGUGGCUAUAACCACUCUCCUUUGGACCAAUUAGAUGCUACCCCUCGUAUCAUUUGCAUUUGCUUCAAACAAAAUGGCAGUGCCCAGUCAAGACGAUCUGAUCCAUAAUCAGUAUUUAUAUUGUGAUAAAACGGGUCUUACAUCUCAAAGUGCAUCAAAUCACGUGAGCAAUUGAUUAAAAACAUGAAAAGAUCUGGAAAAUAUCUGUUGACAAAUCCCGCAAUCGACUAAAAUCUGCAUGACAGUUUACGAACCGGAUUUCGAUUCUGUUGAGCGAUUUCCAUUGGUCUAUGCCAAAACUCGUUAGUCCAGACAAAAUGUAACUCCAUAAUACCAGCCUAGUUCGGCAAGGGUGGAAACUGGACUUUUAUAGUCAGUUAACUCGGGAAGAUGGGCGUAGUCAUACACCCGAUGUUUUAUGAUUAUCGAAAGACUUUUGUUGCUUUUUUUCCUCUGGCCGCCUCCGUGGUCUAGGGGAUAGAGCGUCUGCCCGGAGAGCGGAAGGUUAGUGGCUUGGCCCCGGGCGCAUCAUAGCAAAAGAUGAUAAAAAAUGGUACUUGUUGUAACGCUGCCUGACGCUCGGUAUCAAACAGGGACUGGUUGGCUUGGUGUCAGUAUACUGUGUCUGGGUGGAAUAUCCGGGUUAAACUGCUGCAUGAUAUCUCAGUUGACUAGCGCUAUGAUUAAAGCAGCAAAACCCUUUCCAUAUUCAUAAAACAUCUCUUUCCUCCCACAUUAAGCUGACAUGCCGCGAUAUAACUGUAAUACUGUUAAAAGCAGCGUUAAACCCAACUCAUGAAAGCAGUGUCGAUGGUACGAUUCGGACUAUAUCAUGAGCAGGUGUUUAUGAAUCACCAUCAAAUAGUGAUGACACCAGGUGUUCGCGAAAACGGCAUUACUCCAGGUUAGUACAAGCGGCCACACACACGCACGCACGCACGCACGC